CACAUUGUUCUAUCGAGUUCGCAAAGCAAAGACAAAUGCAGAGAGACUGCUAGAAACACAGGCGCACGUUCAGCACGGUGAUCAUCGGGAGGUUAUUACACCGCGUGCGAAGUGAAAAUUAUUUGCGCAUUUGAAAGGUCGAACUGUUUUCGCAUUUAAAAUGUCUACAGUAGCUAGCCCUUUGUCGGUAGCAGGUUCCCGGUCAUCUGGAACGCCUGUGAGGACACAGAAUGUUAUGGCAGCAUGUUCAAUUGCAAACAUCGUCAAGAGCUCUUUGGGUCCUGUUGGUUUGGAUAAAAUGUUGGUAGAUGAUAUUGGAGAUGUCACUGUAACCAAUGAUGGAGCGACCAUUCUCAGACUCCUUGAAGUGGAGCACCCUGCUGCUCGGGUUUUGGUGGAGUUGGCCCAGUUGCAAGAUGAAGAAAUUGGUGACGGGACAACCUCUGUGGUUAUUAUUGCUGCAGAACUCUUGAAAAAUGCUGAUGAAUUAGUGAAGCAGAAAAUUCAUCCAACUUCUAUUAUUAGUGGUUAUCGUUUAGCAUGCAAGGAGGCUUGCAAGUACAUUCAAGAACAUCUCACUAUCAGUAUUGAAGAACUUGGACGAGAAUGUUUAGUAAAUGCUGCAAAAACAUCUAUGUCAAGCAAAUUGAUUGGACCAUUUUUUUUCUAAUAUGUGUGUGGAUGCAGCACAAGCUGUAAAAGUAUCAGAUGGCAAGGGUGGAUUUUUGUAUCCCAUCAAGGCUGUCAAUAUUCUGAAAGCCCAUGGUCGCAGUGCUAGGGAAAGUUUGUUGAUUCCAGGUUAUGCUCUUAAUUGCACUGUUGCUUCUCAAGCAAUGCCCAAAAAGAUCAUUAAUGCAAAAGUUGCAUGUUUGGAUUUCUCUCUUCAGAAAACUAAGAUGAAACUAGGAGUACAGGUCCUUGUAACUGAUCCCGAGAAGCUUGAUGGAAUUAGACAACGUGAAAUAGAUAUUACAAAAGAGAAGAUCCAUAAAAUAUUAGCUUCUGGUGCUAAUGUUAUUCUAUGUUCUGGUGGAAUUGAUGAUUUGUGCUUGAAGUAUUUUGUUGAGGCUGGUGCAAUGGCUGUUCGGCGAGUAAAGAAAGCAGACUUGAAGAGGAUUGCUAAAGCUACAGGAGCUGCUUAUGUUACUUCACUGUCAAAUUUAGAAGGUGAGGAGAGUUUUGAUACCAGUUUUAUUGGUGAAGCAGCAGAAGUCGUUCAAGACACUGUUUGUGACGAUGAACUCAUUUUGAUCAAAGGACCGAAGGCUCGAACUGCAAGUUCCAUUGUUCUUCGUGGACCCAACGAUUUUUAUUGUGAUGAGAUGGAACGAUCUGUUCAUGAUGCUCUGUGUGUGGUGAAGCGUGUGCUCGAAAGCAAAUCAGUGGUUGCUGGAGGUGGGGCUGUAGAAGCCGCUUUGUCUAUUUAUUUGGAGAACUUCGCAACAUCUUUGAGUUCUAGGGAGCAGUUAGCAAUUGCUGAAUUUGCACGUUCCCUAUUAGUUAUUCCUAAAACUUUGGCUGUGAAUGCAGCUCAGGAUGCAACAGAUUUAGUUUCGAAGUUACGAGCUUAUCACAAUUCGAGCCAGACCAAGGUGGAACAUGCCCAGCUUAAGUGGGUUGGUUUGGAUCUGUAUGAAGGCACUGUUUGUGAUAACAGGAAAGCUGGUGUUCUGGAGCCAGCAAUUUCUAAAAUCAAAUCACUGAAGUUUGCUACUGAAGCGGCCAUUACCAUCUUGCGCAUUGAUGACAUGAUCCGUUUAGAUCCAGAAAGAAAAGAUGGCAAAUCUUACAAGAAUGCAUAUGAAAGUGGCGAGUUAGAUUAAUUUCUAUCUGAUGCAAAAGAACAUUUUUCGCUUAGCUGUCUGAUACUGUUGACCUCCUUUUUCAAGGAAGUGAUGUGCUAAUUUUUUUUGUUUUUUUCAUACAUAACUGUUAACAUUCUACUCUGUUGCUGAAAACAAAAUUCCUUUAAUAAAAUACAUAUAUUUGUUCUACUCAGAUUACACAUCUUAAAAAUAAAUUUCACUUUACU